AUGGAUAUUCCAGAAGAUCAUAGUGACACCAAUGUCAAUCAUUCUUCUCUUUUGAACUUAUCAAAUGACAAACACUCUGAGAAAGCUAAAAGUGAGUAUCGAAUUCUCUUAAAUGCUUUAAUUGAUGUAGCGGGGUUCGUCUUGAAACAAGGAUUGCCAUUUAUAGCUGAUGAGGAGAGAAAAUGUUUGGGAAUAGAAGGUAAUUUUGAAGCGUUCUUGCAAUGGUACGGGGAUCACGUUGUUCCUGAUGUGGGAAGAGUUAUGUUAGAAAAUGCUCAAAUGCAUCAAACCAUGAUUGCCCCGAGUGUCCAGAAAGACAUUGUGAAUGCUUGUGCAAAGGAAACAAUUAAAACCAUUGUUAAGGACUUAAACGGAGAUUAUUUUGGAAUAUUAGUUGGUAAGUCGGAGGGUGCUUGUGAUGAGGAACAAAUGACAAUUGUUUUACGCUAUGUUGCCAAAAAGGGUAUUGUGAUUGAACGUUUCAUUGGUAUUAUCAAUGUCACUGAUAAAUCUGCACAAUCAUUGAAAGAAACAAUAGAUUCUUUGCUUAUGAGUUACUCACUGAGUCCAUCCAAGACACGUGGACAAGGUUAUAAUGGAGAUACUAACAUGGAGAGAGAGAUCAAUAAUGAUCUUAAGACUCUGAUUUUACAAGAUAACCGGUCUUCACAUUGCACUCAUUGCUUUGCCCAACCACUACAUUUGACACUUGUAGCUGCUGCUGUUGCUAAAAGGGAAUGUGGUGUUGAUCGAUUCUUUGGUAUACUCACGUUUGUGUUGAAGGUUAUAGGAGUUUCUUUUGAGAGCCAAGAUUUUUCACAAGAAAAACAAUUUGAAAAAUUGGAAGAACUGCUUAAGUUUGGUAAAGUUCUUACUAAAGCUCUUGCUGCGCGACACUUUAAUCAGAAGUAUGAGCUUGAGAGAUCAGGUGAUGUUGCUUUGGAAUCUCAUUUCAAAACUUUACUUAGCUUCGUUACUAUAUUUUCAUCAGUUGUUCAUGUUUUAGAAGUUAUUGCAAGUGAUGGUUUCACUUCUGAGAGAAUAUGGGCAGAUGAUCUUCUUGAUGACUUACAAUCAUUUGAGUUUGUUUUUAUUCUACACAUGAUGUUGAAAGUACUGUCGGUCACAGAGGAAUUGAAUGUAGUUUUACAAAGAAAAGAUCAAACGUCAAAGAGACAAUUUGAAAUGAUGAGAGAUGGUGAAUGGGAACAUUUGAUGGAUGAUGUCUCUUCAUUCUGUAUCAAACAUGAUAUUUUGAUUACUAAAAUGCAUGAUCUCUAUGUUUUACCUGGAAAGGGGAAGCCUAAGGUGUCUACCGUCACAUAUUCACAUCACUAUCGCGUGGAAGUUUUUGAUGCUGUUAUUGAUUCACAAUUGAAGGAGCUUGACAAGUGUUUUGAUAAAGUGAAUCAUGACUAA